CCCGGCCCGGGGACCGGCGGCUCCGCGAGCUCUGUGCGGUGCCCGCUCCGACCCGCAGCGUGAGGCGCCUGCGCCGGAGUCACGCCGGAGUCACACCGGCUCGCGGGGGUGACACACGCCGAUCGGGCCGACACGCCUCGGUUGGCAGUAACAGCCUCUCUCCAGGGGUCCCCUAAUGUCCGGCCGUCACUGAAUGCAGGGCCGGGGCGGGAGCACCCUGCCAGGCGCGGCACAGACACCAGCUCACCUGUUGACAGGACGGGAGGAGCCGGAGCCGGAGCCUGUACCAGUAGUAGCAUGGGUCUAAGGGAUCCCAAAGAAACCCAAACCCAGCGGGGUGCCAGAAUGUAGAAGAUAGCAACAUGGACAAAAAACUCCAUUACGUUAAAGAAGAGCUGCUCCGAAGGGAAAUUCCUCCAGUCUUGUUGGUGCUGCUGCUUCUCGCUGUGCUGCUCCUGAAUUUCCUUCUGUACUUGCAUCUCAACAAUUUCUCUGUCACCACCAGGCAGCCUGAUGUGGACUCAAGCCUCUGCCCGUUUGGGUACUUCAGAUUAGGACCAUUGAAAAAUUGCUCGCCGUGGCUGUCUUGUGAAACCAUAAAUACGGAAGUCAGGAAACUGAAGUGUGUUGGUGAAGGGGCUGUGAAAAAGGUCUUUCUUUCUGAAUGGAAGGAAAACAAAGUAUCCCUUUCCCAGCUCGCCAACUCAGAGCUGAAGGAAGAUUUUCUUCAUGGACUGAAGAUGAUGAAGUCUCUCCAGAGCAAGUAUGUUGUCAGACUGCUUGGCUAUUGCGAGAAGCAGUUCACAAUCCUUACCCAGUAUCACCCGUUAGGCUCCCUGAAGAGCCUGAAUGAAAUGCUGGACCUUCCCAGAUAUAAGGGCUUGAACACUUGGCAUCGCAGAUUCAUGCUCGCAAUAGACUAUGUGAGCAUCAUCCAUUAUUUGCACAACAGUCCUUUGGGCACCUUGGUAAUGUGUGAUUCCAAUAACUUGGACAAGGUGUUAUCGCAAUAUCUGCUGACAAGUGACUUUCAUGUUCUGGUGAAUGACUUGGAUGCCUUGCCUCUUGUGAACAAGAGUGCUGGCAGGCUGGUGAAGUGUGGCCAUCGGGAGCUCCAAGGCGAGUUUGUAGCUCCUGAACAGCUUUGGCCUUAUGGGGAGGAGGUGCCAUUUGAAGAUGACCUCAUGCCUCCAUACGAUGAGAAGACGGACAUAUGGAAAAUCCCUGAUGUCUCCAAUUUUUUCUUGGGCCACGUUGAAGGGAGUGAUAUUGUCAGGUUCCAUUUGUUCGACAUCCAUGCAGCAUGUAAGAAGAAGAACCCAGCUGAAAGGCCUUCCGCCCAGAAGGUCAUGGACACAUACAGGAAAAUUUUAACAUUGCUGCUCAGAGAGGCUGCCAUGCCUGGUACCAGGGAAAUGUUAUAAAUGACUAUGAGAUAUACAUGUACUCUGGUUGAUGUCCUUUUAUUUAUUUAGCACUCACUGGGUGCUAGGUCCUUUACAAACUGGUAACAAGACAAGGUCUCUACCCAAAGAAGAAAGGAGACAAAAUUGACACUUGUGAUGGUUUGGAAAAAGUUAAAUCUGUUUCAUGAAAAAAUUGAAAUGUUUUGACCAAAACCCCCCAAUUUUGAGGGGUUUUAGGUUUUUUUUGUAUCUCCCUUUUCCCUUUUUGCCACUGGAAGAGGAGGAGCAGGAGAGGAAGAUAAAGUAGGAGUGGUAUAUUUGGUUUUGAAAAAAGAACGUGGGUUUUUUUUUGUUUGUUUGCUUUGUUUCUUUUUAAUCAAAACAUUUGAAAAAUUCUUUUUCAAAAAUUCCACAAAAAAUUCUGGCUUUUUUUUUUUUAAGGCCAGUUUUUGUCAAAAAAUGGUUUGAACGAAAAAUUUCAUCCAGCUCUGAGUUACACCUGGAGGAUUAGAGAAAGGAGAGCAACAAAUAAGCAAAGUGAUCCACAUGAGAGAGAGAUAUAUUCCUUAUUAGCUCCAUGCCAAUUCCAUACCACUACCUUGUCUAAACAGUGUCCUCCUCCUCUCCUUUGCACCUUCCUCUCGCUGGUUAUUGGGGGCUGUUCUAAUGGCCAGCCAGCACUCUGCGAUACUGAACAGUUCUUCCUAGGGAAGGCACAGUGAGCUGGUGUCUCCAGCUGUUUAUUGAGGCAGGAGUCUGUCAUGGCUGGUCAGAUAUCUGCUGCUUGAGCAGCUCCAAUCUCCUGAAGAUAUGAUAUGUCAGUCUCUCUAGGCCUAGCUGGAGGUAGUAGCAAGAGCCUGUCUUCAAGGCCCCCCUUGUUCAGAGCAGCUACUUGCUGGCUCUGCCUCCUUCUGCCUUGGGGGGCGUGGGUGGUUUCUGGCUCCAGCUGGAUUGGGGACAGAGGAAGCCCAUCCUGACAGCUCUACUGUCACUUUUCUGUCUGUGGGCCCAAUUGCUGUUGUUCCAGCUCCCACAAGCAUGCUAGGCACUUCGGACAUACAAACAUUACAGGUGUCUGCCCAAAAGAGAUCGCAAUCCAAGAAGUGAACAUACGGGACAAAGGAGCGGGGAACACAUUGCCUUGAUUUCCAAACCCUUGUCCACUUACCCAUUGUAUUCUCAUAAAGGCUUUUUGGAGCAAGAGCCUUGUUUUCCCACGGCUGUGUGAAGUGACUAGCACACUGCAUACACAAUAAUCAUUUUUUUCAUAUAACUUCAUUCCAGAGAUUUUGCUAGUUUGGCUUCUGCAAAUUAGAAGCUCCCUCCCUUCCCCCUGCAUCCCAGAAAAAUCCCACCACCUUCAGAGUAGAAAUGAAGUACUAUCUCUUUGCAUUCACCUUUCCGUGACAGUGUCCUAAUGACCCAACGGGAAGAUGGUGUUAACAAUGGAAAACGAUUUCUUCCUUAGACACUCAAGUAGUAUAAGUAAAGGAAGAGCUGGAGAAUACAAAUCCUUCUGUAUUUUGCAUACAGAAUUCUCUGAGGGCCUGAUACAAAGCCCAUUGAAGUCAAUAGAAAGACUUAUUUGGCUUCACAGAGCUUUGGGUCAGAUUUUUAUUGCCUAGAUUGGUUAUGGGCUUGAUAUAAAUACCUGGACAGAGCAUUAUCAGGGAACAGAAAUGCCUUAGUACAGCAGCAGCGUUUGUUUUCAGCAAUUUGGUUAUGCCCGCACUGCCUCAAUGGACACGUUGAACAUGUGUAGAGUAUUAAUGAUGUCACGUGGACUUUACAGUAACGUACCUCAUGACUUAGUUUUCUGUGGAUUAUACUUUCAAAUACCCAGGAGCAGUGUGGAGUAACUGCCGUGUUGAGUUGAGAUGCAACCUGUGGCAGAGGAGACACACACUGUACUCCCUCUUGGAGAAUUUACUUUUGUUCCUUCUUUUUUUGCUCAUCUCCUUUAAUCUAAAACAAGCCUGAAAAUGUAUGGCUGAUUUUUGGUAUGGAAUAACAUAUCCCACACACUGUGUAGGAGCAUCUGUGAGUCAGACUGGCAGCAAAUUGUUUGCUCACCAGCUGAAAAUACCGCUUCCAAAUAUAUAAAUUUUAAAAAGUGGGAGCAGAGAUCUUGUAUUGGUGACAGUGGUGGCCAUUCUCCUGGUUAUUUGUGAUCACAUGCGGACAGAUUAGCAUGACCGUUUAGUAAGACACAGUCUGCUUCAAGCCUAGCCAGCUAAAAUGCAAGAGAAAUUCUCUUCUGUGGAGGCCUACUAGUAUUAUGUUGCUAUGUUGACUCCAGAUAUAAAAAUCUUGCUUAGAAAUGGGAAAGUUUUUCUGCAAAUGGCUAUGUUAUAGUUGCUCUCAUCUUUUGCUAGUGUUUCAAGUUUGGCUUGUUACAUUAUAUGGAUUUUGUCAUGUGCCCCUACUCCCCCAACCUACUCAUCAGCACCCCUCGCAAGCCUCCUCAUUGCUCUGCUGGGUAGGAGGCGGGGGCCAAGAUCAUAACCAAGAUUUUCAAAAGGAACUUGGGAUUUUUGGAUUUCUCACUCUUUUCGGCAUUCUUGACUUAAAACACCUUAAGGGAGCCUGAUUUAAAAGAAUGCGAAAUGGCAGUGGUAUCAUCCCAUUGAUUCCUAUGGGACUGCUCACAAAGUAAGAGGAUACUCAAUGUGAGUAAAGGUAUCAGGAUCUGCUGCUCCUGUAUUCACAAUAUUGAUCCGAGUUAAAUAGCUUUCAUUUUAGUCAGGUAUGAAGGAAAGCUGGAUGUAUUGAGUAAAAGCUGGACACAGAGUUUAAACAGCUAGCCAAUAAGUUUAUUGUCCAGUUAAAUGGGCUUGCAAGGAAUAUCAAUGUAUGAUGGCUAUAAAAUAGACAUGUUAUACAUCUGCUGUAAAAA